ACACCACUUCACAAAAUGCUUUUCCUCCCAGCUGCUGCUCUGUGCUGUCUGUGUUCAGCGCUGGUUGCCAUGGCAGCACAGCUGAUUCAGGACGAUUUAACAUUGACCAGGAGAGCUGGUGAAAAUGUCUCCUUCAGCUGUCGAGGAACUGAGCAGUGUGACAGUCGUUAUGAAGUAUACUGGUACCAGAAGAAAGACACAGAAACAUUCACAAGGAUUCUGGGCAUUGACAUGAGUAGUGGUGGUACAGUAGGUAAAGAUUAUUUCAAUCAUCCUCAGAAAGAUGAUUUCUCAGCUGAACAGAAAGAGAACAACUAUGAGUUGCAGAUCCAGACAGUUCAACUCUCACAUUCAGCCACCUACUACUGCUCCUGUUGGUAUGAAGAGUCCCACAGAGAGUACUACUUCAUCUUUGGCUCUGGAACUAAACUGUUUGUAGAUGAGCAGGUAGUGAAGCCCGUGGUGAGCGUGUACCCAGCAGCAUCCAGAGCCCACCUGGAGGGGAAGAGCUCCCUGCUGUGUCUGGCCUCAGCCAUGUCUCCUCCUCUGGUCCGGUUCUCCUGGAAAAGACAGAAGAAGAACGGCCCGCUGGAGAAUGUGACCUCUGCUGAGGGAGAGCAGCUGGAGCUCAGAGAGCCGGGACGCAGCGCCUCCAUCCUGCUGCUCCAUCAGCAAGAGGACAGCACAUAUAAAUACAGCUGCCACGUCAAGCACGAGAGGGAGACAGUGACGACCCAAACAGAACAAGAGGUUCCAGCUCCAGCAGCCUCCUGUCCUCCAGAGAGAGAGCCAGCAGACCUGCCAGCUCUGCAGCAAGCUGACUGUAAGAUCACCUGCUGCCUCUCUGCAUGCUCUGACAGCUCCAAUGUCCUGCUGCAGUUAGGGCUGCAUAUCAGUCUGUUCACUUUCUGCUCAUCAUUGAAGGAUUUAAACAUACACUCCCUGAUUCUGUUAGAGUGUCCCACAGCACAACAAGUCCCACUGAGAGAGCUUUCACUGCACAGGCUGACUAAUAAUACCUUUUAGGGGAGCUAGACUACAUUUUAGGCUUUGAGGGUGAUACAACAAGUUUAGGGAGUCUAUCUUAAAGCUGCACUAAUCAAUAGUUUUAUAUAAAGAAAGAAUCUAAUGACUAAAUGAGCUUUUGAGCCUCUUUUAGCUGCUAGUUGUGGUUUUGCAGCACAUUUCCUGUCUGGUUCAGUCUCAGUGUUUCCAGCAGCAGCAGCAGCAGCUGUUUCCUGAUAAAGCCACUGUACACUACCUGCCCAGCAG